ACCAAGUUACAGCAGGAACGAGCCCGAGACCCGGACCCGGACCCCGACCCGGAUCACGGACCACGGACCACGGACCACUGCUGCUGCUCCUGCAGGAGGAGAACCAGGAGGAGGAGAAAGUGUGUGCACAAACUGCAGCAGCGCGUGCAAACCUCCGGCCACGGUCCGCACACUGCACGCGCAAAAAGACUCCAAGUGCAUGAAGCGCGAGGCUCGUUGUUCUGCAUCUUUGUCGCUGCAGAGACUCUGAGGCUCCUGCAGCUGCAGAGAGGAAGAGGAGGAGGAGGAGGAGGAGGAGGAGGGAGGGCCAUGGAGGGAGGGAGCGACAGAGAAGCAGCAGCAGCAGAAGCAGCAGCAGCGGGCAGAGUCUUUUGUGCUUCCCCUCCCCCUCAUCACAGCAGAGGGGAAAUGUCUCAGCAGCCGAAGGGAGGAAAGAAGAAGCCGGUGCUCAAACUCUCCAAGGAGGUGUUUGAGCAGCCUUCACCUGCUGCUGUACCUCCCAGAGAUUUGGAUUCUAAAGCGUGUGUGACCAUCGGAGAAAAGAACUUCGUGGUAAAGGCAGACGACCUGGAGCAGAUCUGCGAGCUCGGCCGAGGAGCGUACGGCGUCGUGGACAAGAUGAGACAUGUCCCCAGUGGCCUGAUCAUGGCGGUCAAGAGGAUCCGCGCCACGGUGAACACUCAGGAGCAGAAGAGGCUCCUCAUGGACCUGGACAUCUCCAUGAGGACUGUGGACUGUUUCUACACCGUCACCUUCUACGGAGCUUUAUUCAGAGAGGGCGACGUGUGGAUCUGCAUGGAGCUGAUGGACACGUCCCUCGACAAGUUCUACAAACAGGUGAUCGAGAAGGACAUGUCCAUCCCCGAGAACAUCCUGGGAAAGAUUGCAGUCUCGAUCGUUAAAGCUCUGGAACAUCUGCACAGUAAUCUACAGGUCAUACACCGAGAUGUGAAACCAUCGAACGUCCUCAUAAACAUUGAGGGACAGGUGAAAAUGUGUGAUUUUGGCAUCAGUGGUUAUUUGGUUGACUCUGUGGCUAAAACUAUGGACGCCGGCUGUAAACCGUACAUGGCUCCGGAGAGAAUAAACCCUGAGACGAAUCAAAAAGGCUACAACGUCAAAUCUGACAUCUGGAGUUUAGGAAUCACCAUGAUUGAGUUGGCCAUCCUUCGUUUCCCCUAUGACUCGUGGGGAACACCGUUCCAGCAGCUGAAGCAGGUGGUGGAAGAACCUUCACCUCAACUUCCUGCUGAAAGUUUCUCUGCACAGUUUGUGGACUUCACGUCUCUGUGUUUAAAGAAAGUUUCUAAAGAGCGACCGACGUACACAGAACUCAUGCUUCAUCCCUUCUUCACCUCCCAUGAGUCCAAAGACACAGACGUUGCGAGUUUUGUCAAAAUCAUUUUGGGCGACUGAGUCGUCGUCAUCGUCGCAUCAGAGCGAGAAGAGCCACGCCCACAGCCCACGCUUUCCUGCAGGACUCCUCCCACCUCCCCGCACUUUGACUCCGCCCUCCACAGAACAAAGAACCAGGAGGCGGAGGAGGAAGGAGGAGGAGUACUGUACUGUGGAGUUUAGCUCCGCCUCCAGCUGACUCAGCUGCGUCAUAAAAGAAAAACUUUAUUGACAGAGAAACAGGUGACAGAAUAUAAAUAUAUGGUAUAAUGUAUAUGUUCGUAAACAAAGUGAAACGACUGCAUGUACAGAUUAAAUCUCUACAGACGCCUAGUGGACACACGUGGUACUGCACUUACACUGCUCUCAUUACAUUACAUCUCAUCACACACCUGUGUGUGUGUGUAUGUGUGUGUGACACAUGUGUGACACGUGCGUUUUUUAUCAUAAUUAUUUUGCAAGGUUUAGCUCCACGUUUCGUAAACAGCGUUAAUAAUCGUGUGUCGUCACAUGACACAGAUUUAAAGGCCUGUCAUUGGUGGAGCUCUGCCACACACACACACACACUGAGCCAAUCACAAUCAUCUCCCCUCUUCAACACACACAACUGGAUAUUAUUAUGAAUAUUAUUAUGUUAAUUAUUGUUGUUGUUGUUGUUGUUAUUAUUUAGAUCCCGCCCCUCCACACACACACACACACAUUUACUGCAGUUUCUCUUAUUUAUUAUAACUGCUGUUUUUUUCUGAAAACUUGAUCCAUUAGAGACGUUCUUUUGUGUUUACGUUUGUUUCUGUCGCAAACUCAAACUGGUAAACGCGCUUUAAGACUGUAACUCUGUAGCCUUCUCUGUGCCUCUCUGUAGAUGAAACAAGAAAUGUAAACAAUGUGUCGUACUGAGAGGACAAGCUCCUCCCUCUCGCCGUCAUAGCUCCACUUCCUGUUUUGGGUUUCCUGUCGCACACGACGCAUGAGAUCAUUGUCAUUUUGUGUUUUUCAGCGACAGAAAGUGUCGGACGAUGUUUUUUUGGUUGAUACGUGAACGUCGUGAACGGACGAUGAUCCUG